AUCGUCUCCUAAGUUCAGAGGUUCGUCCUUAUCGGUGGUUACCCCCGUCGGCAUGGGCCGUUGAUUAACCGUCGGUUGCUGGGGACCGUUCUCAUAAUUUCGUCCACAUUUCGAAUUUCGCUCCCGACGUCGACGGUCGUUCACUUCGAAAAAAAAACCAGUUUAAAUUUCAUUUCAUAAUUUUAAUUCAAAUUUCCAUAAACGAAAUGUCGGACAACUACAGGUCGCCCUUCUCGACGAGGUACUCAUCGCCGCAGAUGCAGUAUGUCUUCUCGGACGAUAACAAGUUCAAGACAUGGAGGAAGCUCUGGAUCCUCUUGGCCAAGGCUCAAAAGACGCUUGGCUUGGAUGUUACCAAUGCUCAGAUCACCCAAAUGGAACACAACCUUGACAAUUUGGACCUGGAAGCAGCAGCUGAAGAAGAGAAAUCAACCCGCCACGAUGUAAUGGCCCAUGUGCAUGUUUUUGCUAAACUUUGCCCUCUUGCUGCUCCUAUUAUUCAUCUCGGAGCAACAUCUUGCUAUGUCGGCGAUAACACUGACAUUAUGGUCAUGAGAGAUGCCCUCGACCUUAUCAUGCCAAAGCUUGCCACUUGUAUUCACCAUUUGGCCAACUUCGCCGAAAAGUACAGGGACCUUCCCACCCUCGGGUUUACACAUUUACAGCCAGCACAACUGACUACUGUGGGGAAAAGAGCAUGUGUUUGGCUCCAGGACAUGCUUAUGGAUGAAAGAGCAUUGUCUAGAGUGAAGUCAGAUCUUCGAUUCCGUGGGGUUAAAGGCACAACUGGAACUCAAGCCUCUUUUCUAUCAUUAUUUAAUGGUGAUGAGAAAAAAGUCAAAGAGCUUGACAAAUUAGUGACUAAUCUUGCUGGAUUUGACUCUCCUUUUCUAAUCUGCGGCCAGACCUACACUCGAAAGAUGGACCUGGAAGUAGUUUCGGCCUUGUCGAGCAUGGGCGCAUCUGUCCACAAGAUGUGCAGCGACUUGAGGAUCCUCGCAAACAUGAAAGAGAUUGAGGAGCCGUUUGAAAAGUCCCAAAUCGGAUCCAGCGCAAUGGCGUAUAAGAGGAACCCGAUGAGAAGCGAAAGAUGCUGUGCUCUCUCUAGACAUCUGGUUACACUUUACAGCAAUGCUGCAAACACUGAAGCUGUUCAGUGGUUGGAAAGAUCUCUCGACGAUAGUGCCAAUAGGCGAAUCACUCUUGCUGAGUCAUUCCUCUGUGCUGAUGCUCUUCUCAUAACUUUGAUGAAUGUGCUUGAAGGACUCGUCGUCUAUCCCAAAGUCAUUGAAAGGCAUAUUGCCGAAGAACUCCCUUUCAUGGCGACUGAAAACAUAAUCAUGGCCAUGGUCAAGAAAGGUGAAGAUCGUCAGGAGUGCCAUGAGCGGAUCAGGGUCCUCUCCCAAGAAGCCGGUGCUCAGGUGAAGAUCUUAGGAUUGCAGAAUGACCUCGUCGAAAGAAUCAAGAAGGAUCCCUAUUUCCAAAAAGUCCUCCCCGAAUUGCAGCAAAUUCUUAAUCCCGCUACAUUUAUUGGCCGUGCUCCAAAUCAGGUAUCAGAGUUCCUUGCAGCUGAGGUGAAACCAGUACUGAAAAAAUACUCUGGAAAAUUAAUAGACAAGCCCGUCACCCUCAAAAUCUAAAUUUGUCGCCAUUUAUAAGAAGUUUGUUUAUUGAUUU